AUAGAAAGCCCUUGAUAACUUGAGAUCUUCUGUGAGGUUCAGUCCAGCAGCUGUUACAGAUUCCAGCAUCAAAAAUGAAUAUUUCAGCACAAGACACUCAACUCAUGAAUUACGAUCACAGAUCAACAGCAAGAGAAGAAGUAUUAAAACAACAUGAAUACACUAUAAUAAAAGAACUUGGACAAGGGAAUUCAGGAAGAGUGUUUCUGGUGAAGAAUCCAGAUGAAGAUUCCUUUGUGGUCAAAGAGAUCAACUACAGAGACAAUAAGAAUUUUAAUCUAGAUGCUGUCAAAAAGGAAAUUGACAUUCUGAAGAAUCUGCACCAUGGAUAUAUUGUUGGAUACGAAGGCUCUUUUGAAGAUAAAGAAUCUGGGUACUUUUACAUUGUGUCGGAGUACUGUGCAGAAGGAGAUCUUUUCAAGAAGAUGCAAACUCAGAAAAAGAAAGGGUUUUUUGAAGAAAAACAGAUUCUUGACUGGUUUGUACAGAUUUGUCUGGCUCUGCAGUGUCUUCAUGAAAACAAUGUUCUCCACAGAGAUAUAAAACCUCAGAAUGUUUUUCUUACCGAGGAUGGUUACAUCAAUCUAGGAGAUUUUGGAUGCUCAAAAGUACUGAAAAGUGCUGAUGAUUAUGCAACAUCAAUUGUGGGUGCAGAGCUCUAUACCAGCCCAGAAAUCUAUCAAAACAGACACAAUUACAAAAGUGACAUAUGGUCAUUGGGAUGGUUGAUCCAUGAUCUCUGCAUGCUGGAUGUGUGGUCAGACAUCAUAGAGCGUCGCUGUGUUCACGCCAAUAGCUUGAGUGGAACCAAACCUGAAAUCUCAAAUACAUACUCAAACAAUCUACAGACAUUAAUCAAAGAAAUGCUCAGCUGUGACCAUCAUGACAGACCUUCAGUUGAUGAGAUUUUAGCAAAACCAUUCCUGAAAGAUGCAGUGAAUAAAAAUAAAGGAAUUCCAGAUGUUCUGCAACAAAGCUUGAUGAAAUCCAUCAGGACCUUUGAUGAGGCCUACAACAAACACUUUAAAAACUUUGAGACCUCAGUUAAGGAGUGGGAAACAACAACAGAUUCACUAGAGUCAAUACAUUAUAAAGCCACAGCAGGCAGUCUGACAGGAGCAGUGAUCGGAGCAGCCGGAGGAAUCACUGCAUUGGUUGGUGCAAUUCUCUCACCAUUCACAUUUGGAAUAUCUCUGAUUGUAGCAGGUGUUGGUAUUGGUGUUGGAGUAGCAGGUGGUGCAACAGGUGCUGCGUCCAACAUUACCAAUUCAGUAAAACAAAAAUCACUCCGUAAGAGUUUUGAAAAAAUUCAGCAGGACUACAAAACUGCAAGUGAACCAAUUCUCAAUUCACUGAAAACACUGAGAAAAUUACUGAGAAAAAUUACAAAGUUCAAUGAUUUUGUCCCUAACUCAAAUUUUGAUCAUGCUCAAACAGCAUGGAGAAUAGGCAGAACCACAGUAGCCUGCAUCACAGAAUUCAUUACUCUUGGAAUGUUGGCAAGUUUCGGCAGAAUUGCUGUCCAGGCUGCUGGUGUUGGACGAGCAGUGGCAGCAGCGUCAGGUGUGUUGAGUUCAGUCUUAGUCAUUGCUGACGUCGCCUUCAUAGUCAAAGAUUCCAGAGAGAUUCACCAGAUGAAUCAGCAGUGGAGAACAGAUGAUCCAGAAAACGUCACAUCCCCUGUACUCAAGGCCAUUGCUCAGAUGAGGAAAGCACACAAAGAGCUUUGCAACGUCUUGAAAGUAAUUAAAGAAUCAAGAGAGGAACUAAAAAAGAACUGGCCAAAUGUGGCAGAGAUUUAGAGAGUUUAAACAUAUACACUUAAUACUCAACCAAAAUCCUACUGAUUUAUGUGAUUUUAAGUGAAGAAAAAGUUUUUUACAGAAAAUUAUUUAAAUGUGUUACAUAGAGUCAAACAAUAGAAAGAUGCAUGAUGUAUGAAGUCACACUUUUGCAGUCAUUCUAUUUUGUAAGCUGUGCUAUUAUCUACAGUAGUCAACAUUUGAA